AUGCUUAUCGACGGUCAAAAGUGGGCGUGUGAAGCUUGCAUACGAGGCCACCGUGUGACUAGCUGCAAACAUCAUGAUCGACCAUUAAUUCGCAUCAAACGCAAAGGCCGGCCCUUUGCUACCUGCACAAUCUGCAAUGCAACACCAUGCACAGCUCCAAUCGAGCACGCGCGCGCAAAACGCGACGCAGAGCUCAAAUGUUCAAAAAAAGCCCCAAACGGGAGACUCCAUCCGCGGCAUCAUAACACGACCGGUUUCCUUCCUAUAGCGCCUCGUCCCGGCCCCAAUCCCGGUGAGAGGGCUGCGUCGGUUUCCACCUUGUCGAAGACCGUGCCGUCUGUCGUCGCCAAGUCCAAGUCCAAGUCCGCGUCGGGUUCUCGAUCGGGAUCCAUCUCGGCGUCGAGUCGGCCUUCUCGGGCUGGGUCAUCGGCUUCGUUGGAGACGAAGGGGACUGUUGCCCAAUACUAUGAUGCUGCUGGAGUGGGCGAGUGGUCGGGUUCGGAGGUGUCGGUGUCUGGAUCUGUAUCUGGGGCUGAAAUCUCUUCCAAGCAGCACGGUUCCUUCCCAGAGCUGUCUUGGACUGCUUCAAACCAGACCGUCUUGGCUAGAUCUGGAGCUGAAGCUCAGAUUCCACUUUCAGACGCCGUGCCUAGCUCCUUGGUUGAUUAUUCUGUCGUUUCCGAGGCGCUUUUCAAUCCGACAUACUCCCUCCUUCCUUCGUCGUCGGUGGUUUCAGAUCCACAGCUUGCGCAGACGCUGCCCUUGGUUAGUCCACUCGAACGAUUGAACCCCUUUGAAUUCCCGCUGGACCCUGCGUUGGCACUGGAAGAUUUGGGACUGGGUUCUCUGGAUGAAGUGGAUAUGAGUAUGGAUUUGGAUAUGCCACCUGUUGAGGAGGGCUUUCAUGUUGAGGAUUGGUCGAGGUAUAUGUGGUCGCCUGAGACUGGGUUCGAACAUCUAGAUAUGGGGACCAAUGACCCUGUGCUUCGAUAA